AUGGGAAACGAUACAUUUGGAUUUCUACGGACCACUUCCUUCGGGAGAAUAUACCUUCUGGUCGCAAUUGAUCGCUAUUCCAGAUAUCCCGAAGUGGAAGUAGUACGCUCGACAAAAGCUUCUGUGGUCAUACCCAAAUUAGAUCAAAUGUUCGCCCGUCAUGGCAUCCCAACAACUAUCAAGACAGACAAUGGACCGCCUUUCAAUAGUGCAGAAUAUAAUCGUUAUUUGACAGCUCUUGGAAUUAAAGAUAUUCAUUCAACACCUAAAUGGCCCCAGGGCAAUGCAGAAGCGGAAAGAUUCAUGCAGCCCCUUGGAAAAACGCUACGAACCGCUCACAUUGAAAGAAGACCCUGGCAGCAAGAGCUACAUCGUUUCUUGUUACAGUACAGGACAACACCACACUCUUCCACGAAAGUUCCACCAGCGGAAUUACUAUUCAACCGUACAGUGAAAGGAAAGCUUCUAGGAUUGAAAAAGCGGAACAUUGUUAACAAACACAAUAUUGCUAAAAAGAAUGAAAUGGAGAGACAGCGAUACAACAAAGAAUAUGCGAAUGAAAAAAGAAACGUAAAAGAGAGUGAAAUUAAGAUAGGAGACUAUGUCUUAGUUCGUCAGGACAAGCAGAACAAAUUGACUGCGAAUUACAACAACGUUCCAUACGUAGUCACACACAGAUCGCAUUCACAGGUUAAAGCAAGAAGCAAGAACGGACACGUUAUCACACGAAAUGUGUCUUUUAAACGCAUACCAAAGCCAAGGGAUGAUACGGACAGUGAUGACGAUAAUGAGAAAGAACGUCAUCAAAAGAGGAACAAUACCAUCACACUACCAGCAGCAAAAAAUGUUGGACAUCAAGAUCAAAUACCGACACGACGAUCGAGCCGAGUCAGAGGAAAACCUGAUAGAUUUGGACAUUCAGUAUAUGAUUGA